AGCAAGUGGCUGCUUUGUAGGCCUGUUACUUUCCCUCUUGUAUGUCUCACCCAUGUUAUGUACUUGAGGAAGUAGUUGUAAACACAGAUGUACAGAACUCAGUUGUGUGUCAGUGUGUUAUAGUUCGAUCAUCAUACAGGGGCUCUGCAUCCUACUUCAGAAAAAUCGGAACUGUUUUGAAGCUCUGAGUUCCAAGUCCACCUGCGAGCACUGUUUGAGGACUCAAGAUCUGUACAUUGCCUGAGCUCUACUCCUACCUGCACACCAUGGCUGCUCCGGCCAUAGCAAACGGUGCCAGCACCAAUGGCGUCCAUAACACCAGUGAGCCUUGUCCUCGCAGAUACAGGAGAGAGCCUCAUCACAGAGUCUUUGUCAACCGUAGCCUGCAUCUGGAGAAGAUCAAGUUCUUUGGCUUUGACAUGGACUAUACACUUGCAGUGUACAAGUCACCACAGUAUGAGACGAUGAGCUUUGACCUCUUGAAACAGAGGCUAUUGACCAUUGGCUACCCCAAGGAGAUCGGAGUGUUUGAGUAUGACCCCUCCUUUCCUGUCAGAGGACUGUGGUUUGACAAGUGGUAUGGUAACCUUCUCAAGGUGGAUGCCUAUGGAAACAUACUCGUCUGUGUGCAUGGUUUCAACUUUCUCAAACCCAAUGAGGUGGCAGAGCUUUAUCCAAAUAAGUUCUUGGCUCUGGAUGAGAGGAGACUGUUUGUGCUCAACACACUAUUUAAUGUCCCAGAAACCUACAUGUUAGCCUGCAUAAUAGAUUACUUCACGUCAUGUCAACACUACACAAAGGAGAAGGAAGGUGUAAGGAGUGGAGAACUGUACAUGUCUUUCAAGUCAAUCUUCCAGGAUGUCCGCUCAGCUGUUGACUGGCUUCAUUACAAUGGCACCCUGAAGGAUGAGACCGUAAAAGAGAUGGACAAGUACGUGCACCGAGAUGAGAGACUGCCGCUGCUGCUACAAAGAUUGAGGAGACAUGGCGCCAAGACAGUGCUGAUAACGAACAGUGAAUAUCUCUACACUGAUAAAAUAAUGACCUACCUGCUGGACUACCCAUCAGAGGACGGUACAGUGCAGGAGUGGUCCACCUUCUUUGACUGUGUCGUGGUAGAUGCCAAGAAGCCUCUGUUCUUUGGGGAUGGGACAACUCUCCGUCAAGUGGAUAGAAGCACAGGGUCCCUGAAGCUUGGUGAUCAUAUUGGGGCUUUACAGCCAGGGCACAUAUACUCAGGAGGAUCCUGUGAUGUGUUAUCCCAGCUUCUGGGGGCCAAGGGACGCGAUGUUCUGUAUGUUGGCGACCACAUAUAUGGUGAUAUCCUCAAGUCUAAGAAGAAGCGUGGAUGGCGGACAUUCCUUGUUGUUCCUGAGCUUGGACAGGAGUUAAGGGUGUGGACAGACAAGCAGGAGCUUUACAAACAGCUGGAAGACCUGGAAGCUGUGUUGGCAGAUUUGUACAGGAACCUGGACAGCAGUACACUUGAUAAACCCAACAUCAGUGGCAUCCAGCAUUCCCUCAGGGAUGUGGUUCACAAGCUAGACAUGUCAUAUGGCAUCCUUGGCAGUCUCUUUAGGAGUGGUUCUCGACAGACGUUUUUAGCAUCCCAGGUGAUGCGGUAUGCUGACAUCUAUGCCGGGACAUUCCUCAACCUCCUCCACUACCCAUUCUGCUACUUGUUCCGGGCUCCGGCCAUGCUGAUGCCCCAUGAGUCUACUGUGGAACAUGAGCCAUCACAGAAGGAAAAAGAGGAGGAUUUCACUGGAAUUGUGCGCAAUCGAUCCGUCAGCAGCACGCCUGAACUUGGAAGCCCCAAGAAACGAGCUCGUCAGACAUCAUCACCAUCGAAACAUGUGCUUCAUCUUCGAGCCAACACUCCCCGUAAAGUCACCCAUACACAUGAUGAAGAUGAUUCCGAUGACUCUGAAUCCUCCAAUGCCACCAGUGAUAAGUCUAUUUAAACCUGCUAGUGACAGCACAGGCAACUAGAUCUAUGCAAUAAUGUAGACUUUAUGGGUUGUGGAUCUGUGAGGUGGCAGUGAAGAUACGCAGCAGCAAGCACUGGUAUGAGUUGUCGGUCAGGGAUGUGUGGGUUGUGGGUGUAAAGCUGUGGGUGGGUGGGAUCGCUGCCUGUCUGUGAUUCAUGUUAGAGACUGUACUGUCUGUAUCCGGGGGAUCUGUACUGUCUGUAUCCGGGGGAUCUGUACUGUCUGUAUCUGGGGGAUCUGUACUGUCUGUAUCCGGGGGAUCUGUGAUGGAUAUCCCUGUUGUGAGGGAUAACUGUUUGUCCAUGGUAUAUCCUGUGUGUUUGUGCCUUGAAUGUGAUUUGUCUUAGUAACCUCAGUUAACAGGGAUUAACAACAGACACAUAAGGCAAUAUACAGUCAAUUUUGUACUGUUAUUCGCAAGAGGCAUAUUACUUACAGAAACAUCAAAAUAUGGGGUCAUUUUUUGUAUGGUAUCUUUCUUAUGGACACUAAGGUGCUUGGUGUGUUCUUUUAGAAUUUCAGUAUUCUUUGAUGAAAAUGCUUUUCACUUUUCCUAACCUCUGUAGUAACAUAAUGUUGCUGACUGCUUAUUUAUCUAUAGAGGAUUGUUUGACAUGGAAAAACAAUUUGUUACAUUUGUUGAAGAUACAAAUUCAGACUUGUAUUUGUUUUGUUUUGUGAAUUCAUUUUUUGUAAUUUGUUUUUCAUCUAUACACGGUUGUUUUAGAGGAUUUGUUAUUUACCACAGAUUAUGUUAAAUGUAAACAUGAUGAAACAGUGAUUAUUUUAUUUCCUGAAAUAAAUGACAUGCGACAAUGAAUAAUGAAACCAGUUCCUUGCUUAUACUUGGGUUGUUGUAGCUUUAUGAUAAAGAUGGAUUUCUGUCAGAAUCUGAUUUUUAGAUAACCUUGCUGGGAUUGACCCUUUGUUUGACACAAUUUCUUUGUACAGGCCAGUGGUAGAUACAUGUCAAAUAUUGAAUUAUAAGACGGAAAUAUUAAGAAAUCCAAAACCUUGAUUCUGAGCUGGUAUUUUUUAGGUUUAACAGUGUUGUGUUGUUGAUGGCUUUGUGUAGCUGCAAUAGUAAUCAUUAUGUAACCAUUAACCUUCUUGGAUGCAUAUGUCUUUGUAUGAGAUAUACAGGCAUUGUUAUAGCACAAAAGACUGAGAAAAUGUGAGGUCUUGUUUCUGUUUUGUUUACUAGAUUCUGAACCCAUUCUGAACAUGGUGUAUAGAUGUAUAUACCUUGUAUGGCUAGGAUGAUGUACCUCCUUCACUGGGUAUAUACAAACUUGGAUGAUGAUGACAAUACAUAACAAAUAAUGUUUGGACUUAUAUUGUGCUAGAAUCCAUACACAAGGUACAUGCUCAAAGCAUUUACAUUAUUACCCCCGUCAUUGGAUCAGUGUGCACUUGCUUUUCAUUCUCAGCUCCCUGGGGAGUAUACAACCCAAGCUGCGUUACCAGGUAUGAGAAGGUUAACAGUCACAAAACCAGGUACCCAGUUUACUGCUGGGUGAACAGAGGUAUAUUUCGAACAACAUCACUUGCAUAAGGAGACACCACAUGUGAUACAUGUGUUCAGUGUGGGGUAGGACUGAAGCACUAGAAACUCUCAUUUGUCGAGCUGGCAACCGCACUGAUGAUGGUACUGCUGACAUUAUAGAUGACAUAUUGGCAAGCACUCCUGUUAGCUUCUUAAACAUUAUUAUGCCCGAAUAUCCGAAUCUACUACUGAUAAUUCAAUUUUAGAGGUUAAUAAUCAUAAGUCUUCGCCAAAACAAUAAAUCCUAACUCUCAUCUUAUUGUUUCAUGUAGUUGUUUGUUAGAGAAUUUACCUGCUAGUGUUUGAAUGAGCAGGUAGUUUAACUGUGCCUUUCUUGUUAACACCAUCUGUUCAGUAAUUUCAUGAAGUCCCUUUUCAAGUCAGAAGACUUUGAUGUAGGUUCUUGAGUACUUUGUCAAACAGUUCCGUAAGUACCUUGUCAAACAAGUCCAUGAGUACCUUGUCAAACAGGUCCAUGAGUACCUUGUCAAACAUGUCCUUGAGUAACUUGUGAAAUAGUUCCUUGAGUACCUUGUCAAACAGGCAGGCCUUUGAGUACCUUGUCAAACAGGUCCUUGAUGUUCUUUGUCAAACAGACAGGCACUUAUGUACUAGUUUCUUGAAGCAGGGUAUCUGUACUGCAAUUUGUAUGUGCUCCAAUCCAAGGUCAGUCUAGGUGGAAGACAUCAGUAUCAUGUAUCCACGACCUUCUACCUCCAACACUGAAUGCUCAGCUGUAGAAAUUGCAGAUGUUUGUGUGAGAUGUGUGGUGUAGUCUUAUCAGUGAGAACUGGGAUCCAUUAAGUCAUUAAAAGUCAAAUUUGUUGUUGUUUUACAAUUUUGUGCCAACAAUUGUUUUCGCAAUCGAAAUAGUGAAUAUUAAUUUUCUCCUGAAACUUGUACCCAAGAAUGGUGUGUGCACACUAUAGCUAGCCAGUAUAGUGUAGAUACUCUAAUUACCACUGAGUAAUGACAUCAACUUCUGCUUCUGAACAUGACCAUGUUGCUGGUUGGUUACUUGUGUGCAAUUUGUAUAGGGGAUGUUGCAGGAUACAAGCCUCAAGCCUCAGCAUGUCAAACUCAAUUUGUUGCACUUGUUGACAUAAUUCUACAGAUUAAUUCGAAUAAAGGCCAACUGUUAUUAGUGCCAAGCUAAUGCCAAGAACUAAGGCUGUUUAAAAAAUUAAAUCUGUGAAUCCUUGUACCAUGGAUACAAGUGUUGUGAAGGAAUAGCUCUCAUGAAGCCACUGUAGUGUCUGCUACACCCAUGAUUAUCAAGUAUAUCACUGCAUUAUGGCCGGACAGCGUGCAUCGAUGGUCAGACUAUCAGUCACAUUCAAACAGUCUGCAACACUUGAUGCUUCCAGCUCUCCUAUCACCUGGGCCCCUUUCCACAAAGGGAUCGUAGCGCUAUAACUGUCGUAAAGUAUGGUACUUACGAUCGUCUUAGCGCUAUGGUUGCUUUAGUGGAACGGGGCCCUGGACCACUCCUGUUCACAGUUCUUGGUUAGGUAUGCACCCCACAUUAACCUUAGUGUGUACACGAUUCUGCUAAAGUAGCUCAAUGAAUAUUUUGUGAUGAUGUUGAUGUUUCUAGUUGUUUGGUUUUUAGAUAUCAUUGCUGUGGAAUAUUUGUGUAUUUUGUUUAAAGCAGCCUAUAUAACAAAUCUGCUGACACAUAUUGGUAUGAUCACCAUUUGAGACUUUUGACAGUAAUGAUACAUAGGUUAUUUUAUGUAUUUGUCAUACUGACUAGUGUCCUGACACAUCCAGCCCCAAGAAUUUUCUACUCCUUUAAAAUACCUUUGCAUGUCUUGAAAAUGAGCUUAGAAAUAUUGCUUUGCGAUGGAAAGCAUGAAUUUAGACUAUGAAAUGCUUGAUGAAAAAGUCAUUUGAAGGAUGAAAUGAAAGCAUUGGUGAGCAGUAAUAACUGCAUCUAGACAAUCGUUAAUUUGAUGAGUACUUGUGACUUCUAAACUGUGGAGGACUAAGGGUAUAGUUAAGCUGUCAGUAUUAGAUUUAGCUUAAUGCUACAUUAUGUUUGUUUACAUAACUCCAUGCUGGGAAGUCAUGCAUAGAAGAAAACAAAUAUAUUACUGAUUAUUAAGAUUACCUAAGAAUGAAUAUGAUACAACUGUGCCUACAGACUGUUAUGUGAAGUGAUGCUGACUGCAUAGUGAGAGUACUAACCAGUGAGGGAAGUCUUCUCACUGCAUCUUGUAGAACAUUGGUUUGUCUGACUUGCCUGCCUCAACUGCUGCUGAUGACUAGACAUGAAUGUACAGUUUGAACCACACGAUGGUGCUUCUAUCUCAGUUACCAUGUUUACACAACCAAACUUGCAAAAGACACUAUUAUUUUAAUUUUUUAAAUUAUUAAAAAAUUAAUGUUGGAUCAUGUGCUUUUAUGGGCAGUUAUCUAUUUUUUAAUUUUUUUAUUUCACACACUGUUUUUAAUUUUUGUAUGUCUAUCUGUUUAGGAUUGAAAUUGUAGCUCAAAGAGCCUGUAUUCUCUUGGUGUUGGUGUCUUGAAAUAGAAGGUGGUAUAAAUGUUUCUAUGACAUCACCUGAGCAGUGUCACUCUAAGAGAGUAAUCUAGUUUGAAAAAGAUAUUUUGCUUAACUUACAGUGCAUGUCCAGCAUGUAAACCUGCGACUGUCAUUUUAUUUAAUUGUUGUAAAUUAUUUUUAGAUUUUUAUCCAAUACAUCCAUGUCUGUUUUAUAUUUGGUGCUUUCAUGUGUUAAAUUUUCAUUGAUUUUAUUUAUCACCAAUUUCAUAUUUAUUGUGAAGAAUUCUUUUAUUUUAUUCACCUGAGGCAUCUUUGAUGUGCAAAACAGAAUAUUUUAGCAGUGCUCAUGUAUUUGUUUUUAGCAGUGUUUGACUGUUUAUUGUACACUACCAUGUUAAAACCAUUUUCUGUCAUAUACCCAAGGGAAUAUAUAUGAACCAGAGAAGAGUUCUGUGUUUUACAAGCAUGUUGCUUGAUACGAACCUUGCUUCUGAUUAGUAAAUUAUAAUGGUUGACAAACAGGACCUACGAGUAUUUCUAGUUGAUCUUUUCCAAAAGAAGGCAGUAUGGUAGGUGCAGACAGCAGGAUCAGAGAAUUGUGAUGUUUUGAAGAUAUGUAAUGUUUGUUGUAUUAAGAACUCCACACCUUUUACCAAGACAGGCUACCUUAUCCUUGUCCAAGACUUUCUCCAUAUUUGGUCACAGGUUGCAAUGUCCAGUAUACCCUUUCCUUGUCACAGCAUGCCAUGCUCACUUCUUAGCCAUGAGUAUUGUUUCCUUCUCAGAGUGUACUGCCAUGUAUUUUCCUCAGCUAGACUGCCAUAUCCUAGAUCAGUGUACUGUCAUGUCCAUUAUCUAGCCCAUCUACAUUGUCUUUUCCCAAACUUACUUUUGCAACUUUUCCUUGCCUAGUUUGUCACAAGUUUUUGUGUCGUGUCCUUUUACCAGCGGACUACUAUGUUUUAUGUAUUGUUGUGCUCCUCUCAUCUUCAUCAUUUCCUGUUCCAGCCAAACUACUGUCCUUGACCCAACUGAAUGUCAUGUUGAUUUCCUAGCCUGUCAACUAUGAUCUUGCUUCAACUUUGUGUCCUGUUCCAGCCAAACUACUGUCCUUGACCCAACUUAAUGUCAUGUCGAUUUCCUAGCCCAUCUUCUCUUAUCUUGCUUCAACUUUGUGUCCUGUUCCAGCCAAACUACUGUCCUUGACCCAACUUAAUGUCAUGUCGAUUUCCUAGCCCAUCUUCCCUUAUCUUGCUUCAACUUUGUGUCCUGUUCCAGCCAAACUACUGUCCUUGACCCAACUUAAUGUCAUGUCGAUUUUCUAACCCAUCUUCUCUUAUCUUGCUUCAACUUUGUGUCCUGUUCCAGCCAAACUACUGUCCUUGACCCAACUUAAUGUCAUGUCGAUUUCCUAGCCCAUCUUCUCUUAUCUUGCUUCAACUUUGUGUCCUGUUCCAGCCAAACUACUGUCCUUGACCCAACUUAAUGUCAUGUCGAUUUCCUAGCCCAUCUUCUCUUAUCUUGCUUCAACUUUGUGUCCUGUUCCAGCCACACUACUGUCCGUGACCCGACUUAAUGUCAUGUCGAUUUCCUAGCCUGUCAACUCUGAUCUUUUUCAACUUUGUGUCCUGUUCCAGCUAAACUACUGUCCUUGACCCAACUUAAUGUCAUGUCGAUUUCCUAGCCUGUCAACUAUGAUCUUGCUUCAACUUUGUGUCCUGUUCCAGCCAAACUAUCAUCAUGUCAGUUUCCAAACAUAUGUACCAAUACUAAUGUCCCAACUUUCUUUAAUCUUUCUCUUGAUCAAGUUUCCCAUGAUUUUGUCACAAAUAUAUUACUUGUGGCAUCUCACAGUCAUGUCAUUUCCCUAGCCUAUUACUAUGGCCAUGAUUGUGUGUCCUUGUCCACCAAUUCUUGUAGGUCCUAGUCACUGUUGAUUGUCUAAUCAGCUGCUCCAGUACUUUUACUGCCUUCUACAUAACCUCAAGUUUACCAUGAUAUUUACUGUAGAAUAUAUGUACAGUAUGUAUGCUAUUUCUUGAUGUACAUAUACCAUUGUAAUGUCAUAUUUUAUGAUCAUUUCAAGAGUAAAUAGUUGCAUUCCAA